AAGCCCAUCAAAUCCCCACUGCCUCCACAUCAAAAAAGAUCCAAUCUUUUUGAUACAUACUCUGUUCCAUUCCCACAAUCCCAUCCCACUCCCAGCCACCAUGACGUUCUCCUCCUCAGACUCCCACCUCCUAGUUGUUCCCACGGCCAGAACCCUACAAGGGCUUCUCUUGCUCCUCUUCCUCUCCCUAGCCUUCGCCGAAACCAACCUCUCGGACGACCCCACCGCCUACGAACUCCUCGAGAGAUUCAACUUCCCCAAAGGAAUCCUCCCACAGGGAGUGCAGAGCUACCUACUGAGCGAAGAUGGCACCUUUGACGUCUAUCUCAGCGGGGACUGCGAAUUUAAGGUCACCAGUAGCUAUCUAUUGAGAUACAAGAGGAAGAUCACCGGCACGGUGAAAUCGGGCACGCUUGACGACUUGAAUGGGGUCAGUGUGAGGGUGUUGUUCUUGUGGUUCGGCAUCAAUAAGGUCGUGAGGAGUGGCGAUGAGCUCCACUUCUAUGUCGGCCCCCUCUCGGCCUCCUUCCCCUCGUCCAACUUCGAGGAUUGCCCGCGGUGCCGCUGCGGCUUCAACUGCGCCACCCCCUUGGUUUCGGAUGCUUAAAAACGACACUGCACUGCUAUUGUGGGUGAUGAGCGAUCUCUCUCUUUGGUUGACGGCCCAAGUCUUUUCUUUGCUUGAAUUGGAAUUUAGAUGAUGAAUUGAUAAGAAUUAUGUACUAAACGUGUUUGUGCAGGCUAGAUCCGUGUAUGCUUGUGAUUUAAAUGCAUUUAGUUUAUCCUUAGAUUCAAAAA